AUGAAGCUUCUCUACCCAACCUCAGUCCCGGGUCUCGACCUCCAAAGUCUCAAGGGCUUCGUCUCGCUGCACCCUUAUGAUGUCAAGUCUCCCAUUCCCGAAGAGCACGUUGACGCCGACGUCCUCAUAACCUGGUCCAACGCGCCGGAAAACCUCAAGGAUGCCGCCAAGCGCCUAAAGAACCUCAAAUGGAUCCAAUCGCUCGCCGCCGGCCCCAACGACGUCCUAGGUGCCGGAUUCGACGCUUCCAAGAUCAUCAUCACCACCGGCGUCGGUCUGCACGACCACCCCGUCGCUGAGCACGCCCUCGGCCUUCUCCUCUGCGGCGCGCGCCGCUUCUUCGAGAUGCGCGACUACCAGCUCCAAUCCAAGUGGCCGCAACAUCUGGGCGGAUCAUUCCCGCGCAGCGAUUUCACCACAUUGCGCGGUUCUCGCGUGCUGAUCUGGGGCUUUGGCAGUAUUGCGAAGACUCUGGCCCCGCACUUGACUCUCCUGGGCGCUGAGGUGAAGGGUAUUGCUCGCAGUGCGGGCGUGCGUAAUGGCGUCGAGGUCUAUGGUGAGGAUAAACUUGCGGAGCUUCUGCCGCAAACAGAUGCCUUGGUCAUGAUUUUGCCUGGCUCGGCCGCGACGCAGAAUGUGUUGAAUGCUGAGAGACUGAAGUUACUUCCUAAGCAUGCUUGGCUUGUGAAUGUGGGACGUGGUGUCUCGGUUGAUGAGGAUGCUUUGGUGGAUGCGCUAGAGAAGGGUGAGCUGGCUGGUGCUGCUCUUGAUGUGUUCCAGACUGAACCCCUGCCUGAAUCGAGCCGCCUGUGGAAGGCGCCUAAUGUGGUUAUCUCGCCCCAUGCUGCGGGUGGAAGACCUGUGGGCUCGGCGGAUUUGAUUGCGAGUAACUUGCAAUGCUUCCUGACCGAGAAGCCGCUGAGAAACAAGAUCUAA